AUGUUGAAAGUUUCGCUAAAGCCAGUUUACCAACGUUUGUCAUAUGUCUCGAUCGCAGUUGUGAUCUUAUCAGUAGCUUUGAGAUGUUGGUUUAACAGGAACACUGUCGCAAAGACGCAACUGAACAUGUCAGAGACAGCUACAGGCGGACGAGUUACAGAUAACGAGCAGAGUCUAUACAGGUUGCCACGAAUUGACCCAGUGGAGGUAAACGGUAGAACAAUACUCAUGUAAUACUAAUUUUUUCCACGUUAACCAGAUCUACGUACGCACGUAUAUGACGAGUAAACUACAGUUCAGUUCGAUAACACGAAGACUUAAAUGUGACGAGCGAUUUUCUAUCGCCGAAUAAUAAUAAAUUGAACGGAAAAGAACCUCAGUAAACAAAAAUCCUUAGUAACGAAGGCCCCGGUGUAAUGAUCGAUUUAUAUUUUUGACGCUAGCAAUAGUAAACUGUGUGCCUAAAAAGAAAAGUAACGAAAUGUAUAUUAACUGUAAGUAGGUUCCAUUUAUUUUGAAAAGAGAUACUUCAAAAGGAAGAGAAACAGUUAUUGAUAGUUUGAGAAUGGUAUCCUAAAAUGUAUGUUUUUUCAUCACAAGGCAUUGUUUUAAAGUCAUACACUUAGGAAAUAAGCGAAGAUUUCCUUGAUCUUCGAUUCGAAUGUGCGAUAUAAAGCCGUGUUAGACAAUAGUCUGAGUCUUCGCGAUACAGAGAAGUGUAAUACAAUCCAUUUUUUUUCAGUUUUUUAUGAAUUGAUAUAUUUGGGCGAAUGAAGUUAUAUGGCAUUUUUUUUGAUGAAAACCUGUUUGAAAAAUAACAAGAUAUACAGCUUUUCUUGUUUGAAAUAAAGUGGGCGACAAUACAGUAAUUUUUUUAGUUUGCCUUUAAUGUGUCAUAAUAAUAUAUCAUUAACUGAGUCGGUCUCUUAGAAAAAGAUAAAUUAUAUUCUUACAACAUAUCAUGCAAAUGUGAAACAGGUAAUUUGGGAUUCGCAUAUUCAACUUAUCAUCAGGCUUAAGGUGUCCAAUGAGUUCUUUUUGUCGGCGUUAAUGAUUCUGUUGUCUUACGUAUUGGUAAAAAGUGAGGAAAAUUUGUCAAAGAAGCAUCUUUUUAACGAAAAAAUAUAUAAACUUCCUUUUCAGUCUCACGCAAUUCGUGUGUUUUCCUUUUUGUAAUGCAUCUCAAGAAAUGUCUGCUGCAUUAAGCUGAAUUAACAUUUCGAAUUCAGAUAUAGGUUUUACUCGCCUAAGUACACCAGCUGUGUAAAUAUCGGUUGAACGAAUUUCCCAUAUUUUCCAAUGCGCGUCAUGGAGGUUCGUUUACGAAUUGUAUAACGAAGUCUUUUGUUAUAGAAAGUUGACCUGACAUUCAAAACACAAUAACUUCAACAAAAACUUAGUUUAUGAAAAAUAUGAUUAUGAUAUGGUGAACUUUUAACUCAGUGCUUUUUUGAUUUUGAAAACAAACUUCAGGAAACGACAGAAAUUUAAAUAUACAUGUAUUCUGUUUUAAAAAUUACGUGCAAUACUUUUUAUUAUUAACAGUUCGCCAAUGGUGUUUAACUGGAAAAUUCGUGUUUAUCACCGGCGACAGCGGGGCGGCGCACAAUUUAAAAGAUCUCCGGCUGCCAAGGCCGCGAGGUUGGCGAGUGUUUCAUGGCGUAAUUAAAAAAAAAACUGAAAAACGGCAAAAAUAAUAUUUUUUGUACUCUCUCUUCCUGUAACCUUAAAAAAAGACUCUCUAGAAAAAAAAGUUGAGUUUUUCAAAUGUUUUUUUGGGGUUUUAGCGCACAAGUGGAAAAAAAAGCAGACGUUUAACGAGAAGAUGCUUCUCGUCUGAAUAUUAGAGUCGCGUGUUUUAUACCACUCAGUUCAUAUUCUAAACAAAGGAAUUCUGUAAGAGAACAGCUUUUCCUUAUGUUGAGUUUAAGAGCAAGGAAAAUAUGAAUUGAGGUAAAUUGUUCGAUUUCUCUUUUUUAUAACUGUCAAAAUAAAUAGAUCACUCACCUCCACACUCCUAUUUGAUAUUAAGUUGCAUUUGUUAUUUGUUGAUGGUAAGAAACGAAGGUUAUUUUAAAGGUCUCAAGAGUGAUAGCUUUUACAGUUAAAACUGUACAGCUAAUGGUUAAGUUCUUUCUAUUACGGUAAAUAAAAAAAUUAAUUUUUAUUUUUUAAAAAACGUAUAUAAUUGAUUGAUUGUUCUAAAACACAUUUACGACCCGUAGAUUAUACUCCGCACUUAUUGUGGGAUGAAUAAUGAACAAAUUUACAAACAAACGUUAUUUAUUAUUUCACUUUUAUGUCAUUUUACCAAAUGAAGUCACAAGAACGUACAAAAUAUGCCACGCUAAUACACUGCAGAACACUGGGAUAAAAACGCGGAGAAACAAAAUGGCCGUACUGAUACGACCCAAAGAUUUUUUUUUUCGCUUUUUAGGCUUUACUUUUAAAGAAACGAACGUUUAUGCACGACAUAUUUUUUUUUUGUAAGUCGGAAAGAACACUUUAAUGAUUUCGUUCAUGUUGUUUUCGUCCGUCCGCGUACUCCUUAUGCGAUGCACAAACAAGCAAACUAAAAUUAUAUUUUUAAAAAGUGAAAUAACAGUGAAAUAAUAAAUCCCUGAUUUAACACGUAUUUUUCCCCGCUCUUUCGGGGCUUGGAAAAUACCAUACAACUUGCAAAAUAUCCGCGCGUAUUAUGUGUUAAACCAUCGAAUUAGGUGUUUAUGUAUAUUUAUCUUAUAAACUUCGGUGCUAUACUUGGAUUUCCAGCCCUGAGAAAAGCCGCAACAAAACGCGUGACAAAACACAAUAUUUUUUCACGCAUGUUUGAUAUCACCAAUCAGCUGUUGACACGUCAUUCGCCUUUCACACCACUUGGUCAGGUUGAUGAAUGAACUGCAAAGCCUUUACCAUUCUCAAUCCAAGGUCUCCUGUCAGAUGUUUUCGGAUUAUGGCUGCUAAAAACACUGAAAAAUCCGUAUCGCUUGCAGACAGUGAUGUUCAAACUUUCGUAAAAAGGAAAGAAAACCAAAAUACGAAAAGAAAAACCGAAAGUUACGUUAUCAAUGGCUUUGGUAAUGGCAUUUCUCGCGGCUGACAACGAAAGUCGACAACUAAAAGAUUUGCCACAGGCCGAUUUUGGCCGUGUACCAAUUCAAUAACCGAGAAUUUUGUAUAUUGAAAAGUAGGCCCAUUGUUUGUCUUUGUAGUGAUUCAGCACAUGUUUUCAUCUUGAGUGCGCCAACACACUUUACGAUUUUUAUUUGGGGAUUGUCAUUCAAAUGAUUAAAAAAAGUCGACUUUUCUAGUCAGUUAAAGGCUAUUGUAUUUAUAUAAGCUCACUCGUGAGCUAUCGAGUUAAACCGGCAUUCGAAGAGAAAUACCAUAUCUACGCGCGCCCAUGCAUUAUUCUCUCUAUAUAAAGCAUAUUAUUUCAGUGACAAUAUUACUAUAUAUAGAGAAAUAUAAUGAAUAUGAAACUGUAGAAGAUUUUGAUCGAAUAAGGGGAAAAAUGUUCACGGUUAACUUUUUGCGACUGAAAUCUCAAUUUUCACGCCUAAAGGGUAACUGUUUUGGCCAUUUUACGGCUAACAUUAACACGUUCACCCUUUUGAGUCCCUCGAGAUACCUACAAUAAUUCUUAAGCAGUAAUCGGCUAAGUUUGUUCAGUUUAUAUCAACGUUUUGGAUCAGGAAGUCAGCAAAAUCAAACGAAACAGGUACUUAUUUCUUAGUAUUGCAAAGCACAUCGUCUCUGCGUAUGCCGAAUUUCUCACUUGGUAUGAGAGUCACGUUCUAAACAUUUCCCUUAUUUCCUUAUAGGUUGGUUAUUUGCGUGAACUAAAUUUGGUCCCUGGGAAAGUACAUACAAUGAGGACACUCAGUUUACGACCCGCCCUUUUCGGUAAGAUUAUCAGACCUUGUUCUUUAACAUAAACCUAUUCGACGUCUGUGAAGGUAUAGUUCCUUUAGGAGGUCGGUUUACCGGCGUUUUAACCCACGUGGGAUGUUGGGAGAACACGAGAUAAAGGAUUUAUAAACUUUUUUUGUGUUCAUCCAGCAUCCAAAGUGGGUUGUUAAGCAGAUAAACCGAUAGAAAGUGUGGUCUAUUGCUUUUAUGGAAUAAAAUUUAAUUUUCUACUGGUUUACGGGUGCAAAAAGCGAUAGCCGGGUUUUUUGACCAAUCAGGCCGAUCGUAUUGUCUCUGUUAUUUCAUUUAGUAGUCCUCAUCGUGCGUCUAUGCACAUAAGGUCAGAGAACGCCGUUGAUUUAAGUCGAUCAGGUGCUAGUCAGUUUGGCUACUCCCCGCGUCUAGCCUCUGUCCCCCAAUCCUUUGCUAUAGAUUGUUCAACAAGCUUUCUUAGGAUGGCCUUUUUAUAAGAAAGUUUAAUCAAGAUAAGACAGAUGGACCACGUCCAUUAUGAGUCUGCCUUAGUAGCCACAUUUGCCUUAAACACACCUUACGUUAUAAAAGAUCAUUUCCAUUCCAAAUUUUACUAGCGAGUGCAAAUCUAUUUCCAUUUUUCUCUCAGAAAUCGAAGAUUUCCUUAGCGAAGAGGAAUGUGAUGAUAUUAUAUUCAUGGCAAAAACACAAGGUCUAGAGCGAUCUAAAACUCUUGGAGAAAAAGUACCCGAAGGCGAGGAACUAAGUCCAAACAGAACCGCGGAAAAAAAUGUGCCAGAGAAUCCUGAAGAAACUUUUCAGAAUCUCGAUUUAAACGCUGACGGAAGUAUAGACGUAGCAGAGGUAAGUGAUAGAUGUAUGCUUACAAAAUACUCGUCCACUACAGAGAAAGUUUCAAUUGAUGUCGAAAGUAAUCUGGGAUUGAUUUAGCUUUGCUUUAAUGUCUUCUGCGACUUGUCUGAAGAAGUCGCGCCCCUCCUUCGACCAGGCAAAUAGAAGACUAAAACCUAUUGUGACAAACUUACUUCCUUUUUCCUACUGUACGCGUAAGGGAGUUUACAAGAUAGUUUGGUUUUAUUAACUGAGUUGAUUAUGUAAAUUGGCCACCGUAAAGAGUUUCUGAAGUUUUGGAAACCCUUCACGGCGGCCAGUUUACGUUAUCAACUCAUUUGAUGAAACCAAAUUAUUUUUUAAAACCCCCCCACCGACGCAGCGGACAGUUUCUUCAGGAAAUUACCCUCUUUAGUCAUUUACAAGGUACUUUGGUGAAGUUCUAUUUGCUUAUUACAGCAAAUUUCUCGUGACGUCUUGUGAUAUUAACUUGGGAUAAAUAUCAGUAUCUGGACAACUGCCCAUCUACUCCUCCCCUAACCCAACAACAGUCAACUGAUAACAAGUUAGGGUUAAUGUUGGGUUAGGGGAGGGGUAGGUGGGCAGUAACUUGUUCGUAUGAGACCUUCGUUCUAGUAGGACCUUUUAGCCAACUGACACAAUAAGUACUUCUCUUUCUGCAUGCCCGCUCAAAAUUGAAUUGAAUAUUUAAUAAUCAUAAAAAUGAUAAUAUUUGAGGGAGAAAAAAGCAUUUUGUGAAACUGUUAUUCAUCAAGCUUAAACCCUUAGACUGAGUUAUCGUAAAAAAGACUUAUUCCUAGUCGUUGUCAUGGCAGCGGGCCCACACAUUUGUUCAUCAGCUCCCUAUCUCUAAGGAAUGUAUUUGAGCUGAAUGUUCGGAUAGAUAUUCGCUAAACUGUUGUUAAUUCCUUGUUAGAGCUUAUCUUUCCUCGGAAAAAAAACCAAUGUUGUCACAAUUGUUGGAGAACCUCUCUCGCUAUAUAAAUAUUCAUGAGAGGUAUAAAAGAGAUAGGUAUAUCAAUUGCUGAGUAACUGUUUUUAACCCUGUUUAUUUUUAUUUUUCCACAGAUUUCUCAGGCUCUCAUGGAGCUGGGGAGAGUUCUUGUCGACGAAAAAUUUACAAAGAAAAUGUAUGUUGUUUCCAACUCACAUCGCUUGAUACCUUAUACAAUUUUGACCGUUUCACAAGUUUCUGAGAUAUUCUAAAUGAAAAUUACUCUCCUGGCUUAAAAAACUCAAAGGAUUUUUAUUCAAAAACCCUAGAAGGUUACCUAGCGUAAAAAUAUAACAUACUGAGUGAGAGAGACUUCGAACUCUCUAAGCAAUAACUAGGUUUUUAUGGAAUAGUCUUAAAAUAUUUACUUUUCGUUUUUCGAUACAUUUGCAGCAUGAAAGACCUAACCAUGGACCCAAACAAUGAUGGUGAGUAAGUUAGUAAUUAUUGGACAAGGUGGAGUGAAAUUUUAUAAAUUAUCAAAAAAGAAAAGUUUGAUUAAUUGCCAAGGCCAAAGGCUAUGGUAAAUAGGUAACUUGAGAGGCAACGAGAAAUUCUGAUAUUUUGCGACAAUGGAAUUCAAUAGUUGUCUUAUCAACUGAAUGUCUUGUAAGAAUUAUUUUCGGAAAUCAGUGUCAGACAGCCUAAAGAAUAAAUCUGUCAGUUUGCACGCUCGCUCCUUAGUGAAUCUGCAAUACAUUAGCAGAAUAUAAUUUGUAGAAAAAAAAAAAAGAAAAGAAAAACUCUUUGAUGGUAUUACUACUUGAGCAGAUCGUAAUUUUGUGCAGGUAUUUGCACGUCACGUCGCUGUGGGGCUAAACGAAGUGGUGUAAAAACUUCAUCGACUGAUAAUUACACCUACACAUCACAUGUAAAGGAAAAAAUUCAGCAUUAAAUAAUGGGACGCUUUACCCUAUCAAUCCCAAGAUUUCAUUCAUAAUUCUUCCCACUGUCUGCCAUAUGAUUCUUAUGAUGUUAGUUCGGAGAAUUUGGUAUUGUAUCCAUUAAUAAUCCACUUAUCGAUAUGUUUCUUUAUUCUCAUCACUUAUCUGCUUAAUAUCGUGUUAACAUUGUAAGGAUAAAUUUUAUUUUUGUCACUCAUGAGAGUUAAAGUGAUAAGGGAGAACGUGUCUUUUUUGUCGCUCUAAUCAACACCAAUUAAAUAUGAUUAUUUAUUAUGCCCAGCUGUAGUCGUAGAUAAUUUUAUGUGGUGACUAAUUUUUUUCUUUUUAUUUUUUUUACCAAUAACCUUCUGUCAGGUGUGAUAACAUACAACGAAUUCAUAAAAUUAGCAACAGACAGCAAGAUGAAAGACAUAACGCAUUACUUGGAGAAAAUUCAUCAAACAAAGCCAAAUAAGCGAACUCGAGAUAGCAGUACUGCUUUUCUUGAUCCCUACGAGCACAUCGAUUUUAAACCACUAUUUGAUAGUCUACGAGAGAGGUACGUCUUACGAUCUUAGGGCGUGGUUAAGAGCGGUGAGUUCCAAGGGUGUAUUUGAACCCUCUCUGAUGUGAAAAAUCAAUAAUCUAUACAUCUGUGUUGGACUUCCCCCCUCCUCCUGAAACAAGUGUGUAGUGUUCUUUACAAAGAUCUUAGUAAUAGUUUUACUUCAACGUAUGACUUUUAGUGGACUGAUCGUUUCAAAAUUAGCUCUGUGAAUCACAAUGACAUAGAUCUCAUCUAGAAGAAAUAAACACACACAGUUGUUAGAAACUCGUAAACUACUCGACUAAGAGAAUUUAAGUGAGCAUAUUAUGAAAACCUGGGAAGCCGAAAAAUUGUGGCAUCUGUUAACUUGAAAAAUUGUAUAUACCAAGAGGUUACUUAAAAAAAAACUGAAAGGGAUGCAGAAUAGAGUACACUGUUUUGUAUUUUACACCAUUCAUUAUUAUAAAUUUCCCAUGCUUUUCUACCCAGAGAGCAUGCUUCUUCUUAACUUCAGAAAAUGAGCAUUAAUAGAAUUUAAAUAAAACUACAAUUUCGAUGGGACUAUUUAUGAAGACACCUUGAAAGGGGGGGGGGGGGGUGGGGGGAUAGCGGUCUCUCAUCGAGGAAGUUCUAUAAGUGUGGGGUGAAUAUACUUGUAAGUCGUCGAAUGUUUUGAAAACCGUAGUUAUGGGUUGUUCUGGUGAGAUAUUUAAGUUUGGCAUGCAAACGCGAAUUCACACUUCCUUUUUAUAAUCUCUCACGUAAUAAUUUUGACGUUUGUAGUUUCGCUCCACUGAGGUUAUGGCUGUAAAUUCAUUUAUGCCCGGCUCUACUUUUUUUUUCUACAGAAUACACUUAGUGACACGUCUUCCUAGAGAUAUGAUCUGGAGCAGUGAAGACAUGCAGGUUUGUGUUUCUAACGCAAUAAACACACUAUGCAGUUAUAAGCGAAAACACCACGUCUUGAGUGUUUCUCUCUAUUAACUGUGCCCUUCUUUUUCCUAUUAACAGUGCCCCUCUUCCCGGUUAACUGUGUCCUCCCUUUCCCAAUCAACUGUGUCCUCCCUUUCCCAAUCAACUGUGUCCUCCCUUUCCCAAUCAACUGUGUCCUCCCUUUCCCAAUCAACUGUGUCCUCCCUUUCCCAAUCAACUGUGUCCUCCCUUCCCUCUUAACUGUGCCCCCCCUUUCCCUAUUAACUGUGUUCUCUUUUCCCUGUUAACUGUGUUACCUCUUUCUUUCUUAACAGUGUUCCCCCUUCCCUAUUAACUGUGCUCCCCCCCUUCCUUUUACUUCCCGUUAGGUCUACUCACCUAAGAUCUGUUUCUCGAAAGUCUCGUUUGUAACCGGUACAGAAAAGUUGCCUUUUGUUUUGCCGUGUUUCCACUCAGGGUCGAGAUAGUAACUGGAUUUGAAAUUUAAAUUAUGAAAAUAUCGGGAAAAGAAACGGAAUGGUUGAAUUUUUAUUUAACUCAGACCCCCAAUACUAAUUCGUAAGUUUAAAAAUUUUCAGGCCCAUUGGGUAGGUGGGGCUUUCUUUACAUCUUUUUACAUCUCAGAGCGCAUUAGAACUUUGGAUUUUGAUCUUAUAAUAAGAUGAAAAAUUAUUUCCAUUGUUAAAGCCUUUCAUAUCGACGUUGCCAUUAUUUCAUACAUAAUGAGAUUUACAUCUAUUGAUGCAGUUCUAUUACCGUUACCGUUACCGUUACAGUCAUCAUUAUCAUUAUACAGUCGUUAUCAUUAUAACGCGUUUUUAAUGCUUUAGGUCAUUAGGUAUCGUGAGAAGCAACAUUAUCACUGCCAUUUUGAUUCAGACGACGAAUUGGAAAAACUUUUGCCUUGCUGUCAUCAAGUUGAAACUCUUGAUGAGGGUGAAUUAGAAGAUAUGGAUUGUAUUCCGUGCAGGUAGGCCUAAAAAGCAGCGGGUACAGAUUAAAUGAAAUUUGAACAAGCAAAAUGUGUCCCUGAAGUUUAUUGUCCACAAUUUCAAUUGAAGUUUAAUCAAGAGCACGUUAUGAUUUUGUCAUCGCAUUAUCGUCGUCGAAUUUUAAAAUCUUAAAUGCUUUAGCCGGUCCUGAAAUUUUUUCAAGGUUAGUACGUUAUGUGGCAAAGGUAAACGAUAUCGUUAUUUGACAACGUCCGCCCAUUGAACGCAUAUGUUAUGAGAUGAAAUAGAGAACAAAAUUUCAAACGGGAUUGGCAUGGAUAGAAAAUGGGAAAGAGGUGGGUGGAUAGGAAUUGGGAAGGGAGUGGGUAGGAAAUGAGAGGGGAUGGAUGGAAAAUGGAAAAGGUUGGAUAGAAAAUUAUAAGGGGAUGGAUAGGAAAUGGGAAGAAAUGGAUAGGCAAUGAGAGAGGAUGGAUAGAAAACGGAAAAGGUUAGAUAUAAAAUGAGAAGGGGAUGGAUAGAAAUCAGGAAGGGGUGAGUAGAAAAUGGGAAGAGAUGGAUAUAAAAUGGGAAGGAAUGGAUAGAAAAUGGGAAGGGAUGAAUAGAAAAUGGAAAGGGUUGGAUAUAUAGAAAAUGAGAGAAGAUGGAUAAAAAUGGGAUGAGGAUGGAUAGAAAUUGGGAAAGGGGAGGGUAGGAAAUGGGAAGGGAUGGAAACAAAAUGGGAACGGGUCGGAAAAAAAAAUUAAAGGGAAUGGAUAGCAAUGAAACAGAAACAACACGUUUGUUACCAACAGCUGCAGUGUUUUUCUCUGUCUUUUUUGUUAGGUAUUUGACGUUCUUUUAUUAUCUAAAUGAACCUACACUGGGUGGUGAGACUGCAUUUCCUAUUGCCGACAACAAAACUGUACCAGUAAAUGAAGUAUGUUGAAUUCUUUGCCAUAAUUAUCGAAUACAUAAACUAUAUUGUUAUCACUAUUAUUAUCAUUGCUCGUACGUUCGCUUGGCUGUUUUGUUUCGUUUUUGUUUUGUUUGUUUGUUUGUUUGUUUCUCUGUUUCUCUCUUUAUUUUCACAAUGCCCUUUAUAGUGAUAAUGAAAUUAAUAGAGUUGAUGUCCUUGGGCAUAGAUUUGUUUUGUGCCCUUUUCAGAGUCACGUAAGCCCUCGCUUAGCGACCUGGACUAAAAUGACCCUCAGUCAGGCCCAAAACAUAUUUAUACCCGAGAGCAUAAACUAUAUUGUUUUAUUCUCUUUUGAUUUAGUAUAACCGCAGAUGCCAUGACAAAUGAGUGCAGAGAUCUAAAUGAGUUUGAAAAAAAAAAGCAUCUAUGUUGCUAAAAAAUGUUAGAAAAAUUGGAAAGUUUAGAGAGGGAAACGCCACUUCUCCUUUGAGGGGCACAACAAACAUCGACAUCAACUCAAUGGUUGACGAUUACAAAGAGCGCUUUUCGAUUAAGUGUCGUAAAAAAAAGGAAAAUAACGGCAAAGGCCAAUCAGAACAAAGGAAUCAGACUCUAAAUUAAGAGAUAAGUCACUAUGAGGUUACUGACCUGAGUUAAUUGUAAAAGUAGAUUUCUCAGAGUUAACAAUUAAUUUUCACAAUUCUUUUUACAAGCCUUUUUAAUCAAUUCUCGAUUCACUGCAAACUCAUCUGAAUCACAGUUUCAUUUGUUUGACAGAAUCCGAGAGUCGUUUUAACAUCUGUAAGUCAUCUCAUGCUAAACAGCUUCUUAUUGCUUCAAGUUACGAGAUAUUUCUCACGCACAAACACUAACCAUUCUUCGUUCGUAAGUCUCUUCCUUCUUUGGUUCCUCCAGUUCCAUGCUAUUUUCCAGUUCCUUCAUUUCCUCGUUCCAUCGUUCCAUCGUUUCAUCUUUCCUUCAUUCUUUCGUUCUUUCGUUCUUUCAUUCCUUCGUGCCUUCGUGCCUUCGUACCUUCGUUCCUUCGUUCCUCCGUUCUUUUGUUCCUUCGUGUCUUCAUUCCUUCGUUCCUUCGUUUCUUCGUUCUUUCAUUCCUUUAUUCUUUCGUUCCUUCGUUCCUUCGUGCCUUCGUGCCUUCGUUCCUUCGUUCCUUCGUUCCUUCGUUCCUUCGUUCCUUCGUUCCUUCGUUCCUUCGUUCCUUCGUUCCUUCGUUCCUUCGUUCCUUCGUUCCUUCGUUCCUUCGUUCCUUCGUUCCUUCGUUCCUUCGUUCCUUCGUUCCUUCGUUCCUUCGUUCCUUCGUUCCUUCGUUCCUUCGUUCUUCGUUCCUUCGUUCCUUCGUUCCUUCGUUCCUUCCUUCCUUCGUUCGUUCCUUCGUUCCUUCGUUCAUUCAUUCCUUCCUUCCUUCCUUCCUUCGUUCCUUCGUUCCUUCCUUCAUUCAUUCCUUCAUUCGUUCGUUCCUUCCUUCGUUCCUUCCUUCAUUCCUUCCUUCCUUCGUUCGUUCCUUCGUUCCUUCGUUCCUUCGUUCCUUCGUUCCUUCGUUCCUUCGUUCCUUCGUUCCUUCGUUCCUUCGUUCCUUCGUUCCUUCGUUCCUUCGUUCCUUCGUUCCUUCGUUCCUUCGUUCCUUCGUUCCUUCGUUCCUUCGUUCCUUCGUUCCUUCGUUCCUUCGUUCCUUCGUUCCUUCGUUCCUUCGUUCCUUCGUUCCUUCGUUCCUUCGUUCCUUCGUUCCUUCGUUCCUUCGUUCCUUCGUUCCUUCGUUCCUUCGUUCCUUCGUUCCUUCGUUCCUUCGUUCCUUCGUUCCUUCGUUCCUUCGUUCUUCGUUCCUUCGUUCCUUCGUUCCUUCGUUCCUUCGUUCCUUCGUUCCUUCGUUCCUUCGUUCCUUCGUUCCUUCGUUCCUUCGUUCCUUCGUUCCUUCGUUCCUUCGUUCCUUCGUUCCUUCGUUCCUUCGUUCCUUCGUUCCUUCGUUCCUUCGUUCCUUCGUUCCUUCGUUCCUUCGUUCCUUCGUUCCUUCGUUCCUUCGUUCCUUCGUUCCUUCGUUCCUUCGUUCCUUCGUUCCUUCGUUCCUUCGUUCCAUCGUUCCUUCGUUCCAUCGUACCUUCGUUCCUUCGUUCCUUCAUUCUUUCGUUCUUUUGUUCCUUUGUUCCUUCGCGCCUUCGUUCCUCCAUUCUUUCGUGCCUCCGUUCAUUCGCUUCUUCGUUCCUUCGGUCCUUCGUUCCUUCAUGCCUUCGUGUCUUCGUUCUUUCUUUUCUCCCUCUUUUCUUUGCUUCCCUUCUGUUUUCUACCGUCCUUCGUCCUCCAUGUUCCUGGUCAUUAACCAAGUCUUGGGUUCAAUUCCUUUCAUAUUUUGAAUCUCUCUUAAUUUUAUUCAUUUUAGUCGCUGAUGGAUGGUGGAGUGAACAAGUGUGACCUAAGUGACCAUUGUUAUGAUGCCAACUUGUACUACAAACCAAAGCGUGGCACCGCCUUGUUUUGGUACAAUCAUCUUAUCAACGAAGAAACAGGCUGGCUGGGCCCCUUGGAUGUGAUGAGUUAUCAUGGUGGAUGUGACGUCCUGAAGGGAACAAAAUGGGCAGCAAAUAAUUGGAUUAAUGCUGGGAACGAUCGUGAAACUGAUAUGAAAGUCUGGGAGGUUAGUAGAUUGGUGGAGAAAGAUUUUCAAGAGAGACUGGAACGAUAUCCGUGGGAGGAGCAAACCCGUGGGGAAGAAGAAACCCCUGGGAUAGAAGAAAACCCUGGGAAAGAAGAAACAUACGGUAACGACAGUUUGCAAGCGGCGGAAGAGACUUCAAACCGAGGUGCUGAACAAAAUCGCAUUGAAGAAAAAACCCCUGGGAAGAAAGAUAAUCGUGGGGAGGAGGAAACUUACGGGGAAGAUAAAUCCCAUGAACAAAACCUUACGGAAAAGGAAACCCGAAAGGAAAAAUAG